UGCACAUUGCAGCCUCCUUGAGCAGAGAUUGUCCCACCGCUUGAUUGAGUUCCUGCGCAUGCAGCGGGAUAAAGAGUUUCUUUGUCUUUAAACAACAAAGGGAGCAAAAUUUCAGUCAUGGAAAAGCUCAUCCUUUCCCUCCUGCUCCUGUGUGGAUGCCAAAAUAGCCUCUGCCUGUCCUCCUCAGAGGCUCAGAAGGAGACAGGCACCAACGACAACAGCACAGUUUUCACCAGGAUCCUGGAUGGGCUCCUGGACGGUUAUGACAACAGGCUCCGGCCGGGGCUCGGAGAGAAUGUCACAGAGAUCAAGACGAAUAUUUUUGUCACCAGCUUUGGCCCGGUGUCUGACACAGAGAUGGAAUACACCAUAGACGUCUUCUUCCGUCAGAGCUGGAAGGACGAGCGUCUGUGCUUCAAAGGGCCCAUGGAAAUGCUGCCGUUAAACAACCUGCUGGCCAGUAACAUCUGGACCCCGGAUACCUUUUUCCUUAAUGGCAAGAAGUCUAUUGCUCAUAACAUGACCACGCCCAACAAGCUGCUGAGGCUGAAAGAUGACGGUACUUUGCUUUACACUAUGAGAUUGACCAUAUCAGCAGAAUGCCCAAUGCAGCUGGAGGAUUUCCCCAUGGAUGCACACGCCUGCCCUCUCAAGUUUGGCAGCUAUGCCUAUCCAGUGUCAGAGGUUGUCUACACUUGGACUCAGGGAGCUGCGAAGUCUGUGGAGGUGGCGGAGGACAGCUCCAGACUCAACCAGUACCAUCUUAUUGGGCAAACUGCUGGCACAGAGGACAUACACACAAGCAGAGGACAGUAUACAGUGAUGAUGGCCCACUUUUACCUGAAGAGGAAGAUUGGAUAUUUUGUCAUCCAGACAUACAUGCCAUGUUUCAUGACUGUAAUCCUGUCCCAGGUGUCAUUUUGGCUAAACAGAGAAUCAGUUCCUGCAAGGACUGUCUUUGGGGUGACCACUGUGCUGACCAUGACCACCCUCAGCAUCAGUGCCAGGAACUCACUCCCUAAAGUGGCCUACGCGACAGCCAUGGACUGGUUCAUUGCUGUCUGCUACGCUUUCGUCUUUUCUGCCCUCAUCGAGUUUGCCACAGUGAACUACUUCACUAAGAGGAGCUGGGCCUGGGAUGGCAAGAAGGCUCUGGAAGCACAGCAUCCUAAGAAACGAGACCCCAUGGUGCUUUCGAAAAAGCCCAACAACGUUUGCUCGGCGGGCGUUAACUACACCCCCAACCUCACCAAGGACGUGUCCAUCUCCACCAUCUCCAACACGACAUCGGUGCAGCUCCGAACCUCUGAGACCAAGAUGGUGGACCCCAAGAAGACCUACAACAGCGUCAGCAAGAUCGACAAGAUGUCGCGGAUAGUGUUCCCCGUCCUCUUUGGAACCUUCAACCUCGUCUACUGGGCCACGUACCUUAACAGAGAACCGGUGGUGAAAGGAGUUGUCACCUCAACGUAA